AUGGAAGAAGCCAAAUUCGGAAUUUUCUCAGUUACACCUCAAACACGGAAGGAGGAGGAUGUGCGCAGCGAUGAUCAGAUCCUUGCAACGAGUAGCAAUUGCAAUGGCUUUUUUCCUGUUGAUGAUUACCCAGUCCAGAGCGCAAGUCAUAUACCCGGAGGAGGCGCCGACGACGCCCUGCCAGCUGCGGUCGGGGGCGGAGGGCCGGUGUCUCCCAUCGCCUCCUGCGCCUCAGCAGUCCUGCAGCUGAACUCGGGGGAGAGGCCCGUCCCGUGCGGCUUCGAGGGGCGCGCGCCCGUCGUCUGCUGUCCGCCUCCAGCGGAUGAUAACGGCAAGGCAGGUGACCUGCAGGCCCUCCAGGUGUCAGCUCCGGCUGUAGACUUCGAAUGUGGCGAUUCCACUCCCGUAGAAGUCCCCUUGGUCUUCGGUCUGAGCCGGGUCUCCAGGAGUAACCUCCAGAAGGAUUCUUUGGCUGCUGUGGGCAUUGCCCCGCCGGAUAUCGUCCCUCCGGUUGUAGGUGGCUUUCCGGCGCGACGUGUCUUGGCCAAAUACACGGCGCUCGUUGGGGAGGACUCGAGAGGGACCACUGACUGGUUCUGCGACGGAUCCCUCAUCAACGCCCUGUGGAUUCUGACCGCCGCCCACUGCUUCCAGAGGAGGUCAGCGUCAGUAGUCCGUCUCGGCGAACACGACUACAGCACGAGCAGCGACGGCGACAGGCACGAGGACUUCCUGGUGGGCGAGGUCGUCCUGCACCCUGAGUACCUGCGCCCCGAGUCCUACCACGACCUGGCGCUGAUAAAGCUGGGGCGGAGGGUCGUGUUCAACAGCCACAUCAACCCCGUGUGUCUCCCCUGGGGUCGCGAGGCGGAGAGGGACCUCACGGGGGGGGCCCUCGUUAUCACGGGCUGGGGGGCGACCGAGCACGGGGGCUCCGGAAGCACGGUGCUGCAGGAGGUGGCGCUGACGGCGUUCCCCCCCUCCCGCUGCGACCAGAGCUACUCGACCCUCCCCCAGUACUCGCGAUACUGGCCCAGGGGGAUCGGCAACGAGACCCUGUGCGCCGGGGACCCCCAGGGGGGCAAGGACGCCUGCCAGGGCGAUUCCGGCGGGCCCUUGGUGUACCUGGACGAGCGCAAGAGGUACGUCCUGGCCGGCGUCGUGUCCAGUGGCUAUGGCUGCGGCCUUCAGGAGUUCCCGGGUCUUUACGCCAACCUCCGUCAGGCACCUUACCUCCGCUGGAUCAAGAAGGUGGCCUUCACCUGAGCUCUGCCAUACAUUCGUCUGAAGGGAGUGACUAAGAGAGAAAACGAUAAAUAAAAAGAAUAAGCAUGGACCGACUGAGAGAGAUAGAUAGAAAUGAACAUGAAUUUGCAAUGAAUUAUUCUUUGUAUUCCAUUGAUGACAUGGAAACGAGCACGCUCAGUGUUUAAUUGUUAGAACGAAUAAAUGUGUUAGAGGCCCAAGGUG